UGUCGCAAAUUCCCUUACCCUUCAAUUGCUUUUGGGAUUCGGAAUUGUAUAGACUCUAGUUCUUUUCUCUCGGGCUUUCAAAUAUUCUCAGAUCCGGUCGUCCUUUCUUUCGAUUAACCUAAUCCACAAUAUGAUGCAACAGCCCGGAGCCGGUGUAGUCCCUCAACAGAUGCCGACGGAUCAGCAGUACCAACAGCAAACGCAGCAGCAGUGGAUGAUGCAACAGCAGCAGCAGCCUGUUCCACCUCCUUCUGGUUGGACCCCGCCGCCUGUGCCUCCCCCGACUUACGGCGUGGCUCAGCCACAAGCUAGCGGCGAUGGAGAUUCCGCCGAGAUCAAGUCGUUGUGGAUCGGAGACUUGCAGCAGUGGAUGGACGAAAAUUACCUUUUAAGCAUCUUCUCUUCCACUGGGGAGGUUGUUUCAGCUAAGGUUAUUCGGAAUAAGCAGACAGGCCUUCCAGAGGGUUAUGGUUUCAUUGAGUUUGUUAGUCGUGCAGCAGCAGAGAGGAUCUUGCAGACAUAUAAUGGUGCCUUGAUGCCAAAUACUGACCAGACUUUUCGGCUGAAUUGGGCCACUCUUGCGGCUGGUGAAAGGCGGCAAGAUGAUGGUCCUGAUUUUACAAUUUUUGUUGGAGAUUUGGCUGCUGACGUCAAUGAUUACCUAUUACAAGAAACAUUUAGAAAUGUGUACACAACUGUUAAAGGUGCAAAAGUUGUCACUGACAGGCUCACUGGACGCUCUAAGGGUUAUGGAUUUGUGAGGUUUGGUGAUGAAAAUGAACAAAGACGAGCCAUGGUUGAAAUGAAUGGACAGUAUUGUUCCACUAGGCAAAUGCGGAUUGGGCCAGCUGCUACAAAGAAACCUGUAGUACAGCAAUUUCAGAAAGCUCCCUUUCAGAAUACUCAAGGAAGCCAGGGCGAGAAUGAUCCAAAUAAUACAACAAUAUUUGUUGGGGCAUUGGAUCCUAGUGUUUCAGAUGAGCAUUUGAGACAAGUGUUUAGUAAAUAUGGGGAGCUAGUGCACGUGAAAAUACCUGCGGGCAAGAGAUGUGGGUUUGUUCAGUUUGCUAACCGAGCCUGUGCGGAGCAAGCACUGUUGAUGUUGAAUGGAACCCAGUUAGCAGGACAAAGUAUUCGACUUUCAUGGGGGCGUAGUCCUUCAAACAAACAGGCAUCGGCUGAUCAAAGCCAGUGGAAUGGUGGAUAUUAUGGAUAUGCACCGGGAUAUGAAUAUGGAUAUGCUCCUCCCCAAGACCCUAACAUGUAUUAUGGUGGCUAUCCUGGAUAUGGGAACUACCAGCAACCAGGAACUUACCAACAGCCGCAGCAGGUCUACCAACAACCGCAGCAGUGAUCUAGUUUUCUGUUACUGGAUGAAGGACGAGGACUGGCCCUAAUCCUUAGCAUCACAACUUGAGGUUGCAGUUUGUUCAAUCCUGGCAGGCUGUUGAACAAUGCUUCUUGGUGUUUGGAACUAGGCUUUUCAAUGCCGUUUUGUUUUUAGGCGUUAGUUUUAAAUGGAUAUGGGUAGUGUGUGUUGAGGCAUCAUGCAGUGAGCAUUACUGCACUCCAAUAUUAUUGUGAUACACAAUGGAUUUGCCAUUAAUUGCUGUUGUGCUGUGUGAAUGCAACUUUAUACUUUUAAUUACUAUGUUAUUGUGCUGACUUUGCA